CCCAGUUAUGUCAUCUUCCCUUUCUUUUGUCAAGAUUGUCUAUGCGCGUCACAAUCCGUGUUCCACAGUGCUGAUUGACAAAUAUCUAUCUUCACGACUCUGGGCAGAACCCUAGAAAGACUGGUUCAUAUCCAUUUACCAUUGUCACCGUGGCCAGGCCCACAUCGUGGCAGAGAAGGCGCACCAUACCCCGCGUUAUCCCUCAAAGCGCGUGCAUAUUUCGGCAUGGGGUCCUACAGCGAUGAUCUGAGAAAUGAGCUGGAGAAGGAGUACUGUCCUCCAGUGGACUCUGCCUUAUUUGCUGCAAUCACCACCGAUUUUGACUUGACGAACCCCGAUGAGGUCAACACGCUGCGCGAGACGCUGGACUCUAUCAGAGAUUUAGCAAUUCAGCAAGAAGAUCUCCCCUUUGACCCAUCAGGAACAGCCAAUGAUCCUCUUGAUGAUGCUGAUAUGAGCGCCGCGCGACCCUCAAGUGCUGGCCAAGACAACCUGCAACCCCACACUGAUAACACAGGCAGUGAAUCGUAUGGCCUAGAUAGGAGUGACACCAGAAGCUCAAAAUCGCAGACCACUUCUCACUCAACAUACACAAUUGCUGCCGAUGGGUCUCUUCAGUUUGUCGGUGGUAGCGACAAAGAGAAGGUGAAUUUGCUGGUGCACAUGUUCCCAGACAUCUCAGCAUUCAAUAUCGAGCAGAGUUUGAAGAAGAGCAAUGGUGACAUUGAAAAAUCAAUGGACAUACUUCUCAAUCUAUCUUUCUUCGAAGCAACGGCUGAUGAAGAUCAAGUCGCUAUCCCUAAAGGAGUGGAGGGGUUCAUGGAAGAGAUCCCCGACAUUGGCCGCCACAAAGGGCGGAAGAAAAAGCGCAACAAGAAUAACAAGGUCACCUUUGACCAAAGGCUGCCUUCUGAUGAUCCCCCUGCCACGAACAAGUGGGAGAAAGGCCAAGCUGACGUUGAGUUCAUUUGCUCGCGCACGCCUGACCUUCCACGGCACAAGGUUGCAUCCGCAUAUACGGCCAAUAAUAGGUCUUUGCCAGGGACAAUAAAGGCCCUAGCGACUGCUCAUCUCACGGAGGAUAAUGAUGAGCCUGCAAUGGAACCAGUCAUCCAGUCUCAGCUGGACGAGCUUGUGGGUGAUUACCCUAAUGUUUCUGAAAACACCCUAGUUGGGUUACUCAGAAUCACCCGCAACAUGAUGUCCGCCGCAAGUGAGCUGGUAGCUGAGAUGGUCCGCCAACCGUCAGACAUUUCUGUGUCCGACUUGAUCAAGAUCACGGCUCCGAAACUCAACCUCGACGAUGAGGCGAACGUUGUCGAUUCCCGAAGUCGCCAGAAGAAGGAGAAUCUCCGUGGCAUGCUUGACUAUGAGGACGAGCAAGCAGUUGCAAAUGCCUAUUUCGCUGCCAAAACCACGGCAAAUAUGCAAGCAGCACAGGCCGCCCGGAAAGCCAAGUCUGACCCCUUGUAUGGAGGUGCCUCACAAUACUAUCGUGAGGUUGCGCAGCAACAGCGGGAGCUUGCCAUGCGGCACCUCUGUGUGGCCUCUGAGCGGCUUGUGGAUAGGCAAUCCACCAACGGCGACGUUGAUCUGCACGGCUGCCAGGUCCCCCAGGCGAUUCGCAUCGCGCGCGAGAGAGUCGAGGCUUGGUGGGACGGCCUGGGAGAUACGAAGCACGUCCGUGGUGGAGGCAAGCAAGUCCACGGCGGCUUCAAGAUCAUCACCGGCGUUGGUCUUCACAGCCGAGAUGGUAAAUCUCGCCUGGGCCCUGCUGUGAGCAAGGCUUUGAUUAGUGAUGGCUGGCGCGUGGAGAUCGGCCGAGGUUUCGUGACCGUAGUUGGCGUUGCUCGGCGUUAGCAAGGAGGGUGUAAAUACCUGGAUCAACAGGUGUUUCUGAGCAGGAUCCGUCACUGAGUGGAAGGUGAUAGGAAUAACUCUGUCUUCUCGCCAUUUUCAUCUUCAGUUCUCUCACUGCUUGCGAUCGGCUUCACUUCACUAGUGGGGAGGUAUUGGCAUUCGGGGUGGGCGAGGUCGUUACGUGCUAUGGCGAAUGGCUGGGUUGCGAGCGGUUGUUUCCUGCAUAUGUUGCUUGCAUUUACACUUGAUACCCCAUCAUAAAUCGGCGGAGUUUUCAUAUUUUACAGUCGCAAUCAAAGCAUUUUGACUACUUUG